GUGGGGUCCGAGAACGUGAGUUGGGGGUGAGGCUGAAUCAUGCUCCACUAGUCAAAUGUGGAGCUUUCAGUGAGCUUCAGUCCUUCAGCCUUGCCAACAUGUUACCAUUCUAGUUUUUGUCCCCUGUUUCCCCAUCCUAGCAAGAGCUUGAGCUUCACGCAUCCACAAGCUCGCGCUCGCUUUUUACAAUUACAACAAACAAAGGAGAGACAGUAUCAGUUUUCUAAAACUUUCAGAGCUCCAUUGGAGCCGCCAGCCGCAAAUAUGUCGAACAAGCAAGGCAAAAUGGCCGGUUAUAUUAAUUACCGGAUGAGAGUUACAUUGACAGACGGUCGACAAAUGACGGGGCAGCUUCUCGCGUUCGACAAGCACAUGAAUUUGGUCUUAGGCGACACGGAUGAAUUUCGACGCAUAAAGCGAAAACAAGCAAAACCCGCAGCCCCUGGCGCAUCGAGUUCCACCGCCACCCAGACCAUUGAGACGGAAGAGAAGCGGACGCUGGGCUUAACUAUCUUGCGUGGUGCGCAGAUUGUCUCGCUGUCUGUUGAGUCUGCCCCUCCGGCAGACCCAAGCACGCGACUUGGAAAGAGCACUGCUAGUAGUCUUCCGACUGGCCUGACAUCUGGCCCUGGUGUUUCACGCCCUGCUGGCCGCGGUGCUGCGCCCACAUCACUUGCCGGUCCAGCUGCUGGUGUUGGUGGUGGUGUCCCUCCUCCCUUCCCUCAAUUCCCAGGUGCACCUGGCUUUGGACCUGGAAGAGGCGGUCCGCCCGCUCCCGGCUUCCCGCCCGGAAACUUCCCUCCUCCGGGCUUCCCUCAGGGUGGCCAGUUCCCACCUCCUGGUUUUAAUCCAGGUGGUGGCCCGCCAGGCUUCAACCCUCCUCCCCGGAGAUAAAAAGAUGUCUGAGAUAUUUAGCAUUACGAUGAGAAAUGCCCACUACAUGAGUAUAGGGCGAAGAUACCAUUCGGCGUUUGGGAAUGCAACGAGUGAGGGCUGUGGAUAGCUCACGUCAUAAAGAACUUGGGCCUUGUACUCUACCUAGCGAUCACAAUGCUACAAACAAGUGGCUACAAAGGUCAUUUACGGCAUAAAGAACCAUCAAGAUAAUUCUCCCGACUACUAAGCUGUUAGGUCUAUUCAUUUGACUAAGCAGGUUGACUACCUACAUAUACAAGUAGAAUGAUGAUGAUAGCUAUCUACAUAGUACCUACCGUUCAC